UGAAGCUUCGCAAAUAUCCCUCCCGAGAAUUCCCAACGCCGCUGGACUACUCCGGGAGCCAGGCCUGUUGGAACUUGGAUUUUCUUAUCUGCACAACCUUACUAAGAUACAGGACGCAUCAGAAGCGGUGGGCGAGACCCGCACUUGGAAGGGCAACGCUGGUCCCGCCCACGACCUGGGUGGCAAGCGCCCUUUAGCCACCCCCUCUCUGCCUUGGUUUCCUCAACAACGAAACUACAGUAAAAAUGCUCGAGUCUCCACCAAUUCCUCCACCCCGGCGAUCCGCCGAGGAGAAUGGAGAACGCUCUCAGAAUGGUGCGCAAGACACCGGGCGUGGCGAGCAGGUGGCCUCCGUGCGCCCGCCGCGCGGUGACGAGAGCGCAGACAGGUGCCCGCCGACGCGCAGUGCCCUCUCGCCGCGCUGCCCCCCGCGGGCACGCGGGCCCAGGGCCUCCCGGGCCAGUGCCUCGGCGCGGCCUCCCCGGGCGCGCGGUGCCCAGCCCGGCCGCGAGGCCGCCCGCCCCGCCUCCCUGCGCGCGGUGCCCGGUGCCCACGCUGCGGCGGGGACGCGCGGCCCCAGCCCGCCCGGGAGAGGGGCUUCCUGGAGGCGGAGCCCGCGCCGCCGGCCCGCCGCCGCUCACCAGUUCCCCGAGCCCACGAUGCACACUUUCAGGGGAGCCGCUGCCAUCGCCAGGCUGGAACGCAGCAGCCCGGCCCGUGCCUCCCCAGCCGGCCGCCCGCCUGCCUCCGCGCCCACGGCUUUGCCCACAGCGGCUCGCGAGGGCCCCGCCCCUCCCGCCUCUCCGCCAAUGGCCGCGACCACCGCCGCCCGGGCGCCCCGGGCCACAGCUGACAGCCUGGGAGGGCCCGCCCAGCCACUCCCGAGAACCACUGCGCACGCCUGAGCCUGGCCGGCCUCCGGGCUCGGCUCCGGCGCCGACCCGCCCCUGCCCGAGGCAUGCCGGGACUUGUAGUCCACGCCCCGCCGCCCUCCGCCGCCGCGUGCCCCCGGACCGCGGCCGCCGCCGCGCCACGUGCAGACGUGGGUGGUUGCGCCUCUGCUGUCUCGCAGCGCCAGGGGCUGCAGCGCCGUCCCCGCAGAGCAAACCCUUCCGGACCCGGCGUGGUGCCCACCCCGGCUCGCGUUCUUCUCCCCACGCGGGAAGAGCGGCUAGGCUGCAGCUUGGAACCGAGAGGAUCCCAGGGUGACUCUAGAGUCGACCAACCUGGACCAGAGCGCAAAGUACCCACACCUGCCUCUUGAGGCCCUGCCUCGUUUGUGGAGACAGGAAACAGCCUGGCACCCCUUGAACUGCGUAGUGAAUUUGUGUUUUCUGGGGCCUUCUGGACGUAGCUGGACUGUACCUGAGCUUCAGGAUGGACACUUUGGGUACUCAAGAGAGAGAGAGACCUGGGCACCUGCGGCAUCGCACUCCCCCACUUGCUUGGCAGGACGUGCCUCCUCGUUAUCUUUGCCCCAGGAUUCCUGGAGAGCUUGUGGGUCUGAGGCUACUCCUUCCUAACAAAUAGAACAUUCUUGAUUCAUUCUGAGUGUCACUUUCCCCCAGGCACCGUGCUAGAUGCUGGGUUACGCAAGUGGCUCUCUGGAGCUUUGAAAAAUCGCCGUGCACGGGCACCACCCCAAAUCAUCAGAAUCUCCCGGGAUGGGACACAAGCAUCAGAAUUCUUUCCAGUUCAAGAUGAUUGCAAAAGGCAGUAAAGAUGAGAACCAAAGAGCUUAAAAAUCAGUGAGACUGGCUGAAGAAACGAAUGCUCUAAUCCCUAGAAAAGUACUAGGCCCAUUAUGUUUGAUGCUCAGAGGAUUAACAAUGAUUUUUGUUUUCAUUUUUGCAUCGUAUGAAAGAUUUAUGUUUAUUACUUACGCUGUUUAUUUAAGGGAAAACUUAAAGGAGUGGGUGAGACAGAUUUUCUCCAUUCCUUCACUGACGGUUUGCUCUCAGUUAUUUGAGCUAAUGGAAAGACAUCUAGGCAGGGAUGAUAUGAAAAAUAGACUUUUCAAGCUUUAUUAGUUUUUUCUUGCAUUUUUGUUAGGAGAUGAGGUUGUCAAAUAAUGAAUUUAUGGACUUGGGGAGUAUCCAUGCGUUGCAAAAACUCAUACCAAGUGAUCCAUUUUUCGCCUUUGCCUGAACGUUUUAUACCUCAUCUGGAAACUCCUGUUCUCUAAUGUCGCAAUGACACCUGCAUGGUAAUGAGCUGCCGGCUAUUCUGUGGGUACAUCCUUCAAAGCCUUGUCACCCAGUGUUUACUGAGGACCCGAUAUGCACCACACAUUGUGCCAGAACAUAGUGAGUCCUCAUUUAUUUCUACAGACCGGUUACAAAGACUAAGACAAAAACUAAAUAGGUGAAACCCGUGAACAUAAUGUUGAGAGAAUAAAGCAAGUCAGAAGAGAAGGUUGUGACCUGGGAAGAAUCAGCCUACUUUCCACUUUUCCUUCUUCCCUGUGCUGGGGUGUGGACAUAAUGGCCCCCUUGAACUCAGAAUUGGAAACUAGAUGGUGAAGAGUGAGGCAAUUAUAAGUGGAACAAUCACUUACAUUUGAAGAGAGGUCCCCAGACCUUAACACAAAGGAAGGAACAAACAUUUUUCUUCUGGUUUCAUAUGAUACAGAGGCUCUGUUCCCAAGGGGCAGAAGAUACAGAAUGACUCUUCCCAAAAGAUGGUUGGCUGCCUUACCAGGAAGAGAAUACAUUGACUGUAAUGUACUCCUUUCUUUAGACCCCUCCUCCUACCACACAUCUCUGCUUAUUAUGAAUUCCCACCCAGCCUUAAAGAUUCAGCUCAAAUGCAACUCCACAACUCAUGUCUUCUUGAGUGAUAAUUAUUUGCAACGUACUCAUCCAGUCCUCAAGAGUCUCAUCCCGUCACUGCACCAGCUUGAAGCCCAGCAUCUCGUCAUCCGAGCGUGGCCCAGGCGAGAGGCUCCACAGGUCUAGUUCCUCAAGGUCAGCGCCUCGAGUAUGGUUCUUGUGAUUCGCAAAAUGGAAGAAACUGCUCCCCCCCCCCAACAUGUGGGGGUAAAACAGGCGGAGGGAGAUGAAAUGGGUUCCUGCUCCAAGGAAAUUAAGGACAUCAAGGGCUCCUCACGUUGUGAAAGUUUCCCUUUUACCGCGGGGACCCAGAACACUGCCACUGUGGGCCCCUCCCGUGUGGUGCAGAAAGUCAGCGCUCUUUCCAGCAAUGCGGCAGAAGUAACCCUGAGGCCAGUUCUCAGACUGCGCUUCGAGAUGCUUUCUUUGCACACUUCCCGUCCAUCUCUGGAAGCCUCUGUGCCAUGAGAACACGCCCAGCCUCAGCUGCUGGAGCAGGAGAGACCCUGCGGGAGAGAGAAGAGCCCAGCGGUCCCGGCCAAGGCCAACCCGGACCGUCCAGCCAACGCUCAAACGUGUGAGGAGACCCACCCGGGAUCAGCAGAGUUAAAAUUGAUUCAGACGUCCUGGCAGCGAUGUUUUUUUUGGAAUUUUUUUUAACGUUUACUUAUUUUUGAGACAAUGCGAGAGACAGAGCAUGAGUCGCAGACGGACAGACAGAGGGAGACACAGAAUCUGAGGCGGGCAUCCGAACUGCGAGAUCACGACCUGAGCCAAAGUCGAAUGCUCAACCGACUGAGCCACCGAGGCGCCCCGGGGGUGAUUUUGUAAUAUAGGAGUUGUAUUUAUAACACA